AACACUGCUCUAAACAAAAGAAAAAAAGUUAAAUUACGGCAGGAAUUGCGAGCGAUAUUCAAUUUAUCCGUUCGCAGCAGCAUCGCAUCGUGACCUCCGGGAAAUCAGCUACGGCGGAACACCUGGCCAGGAUUGCAGUGUUUCCAGCGGAACCGCAGCAUCGCCUCCUGCCCCGCAGCACAGCUUUCCCCCAGAAAAAGCAACUACUUUGGCCCUGCCUCCUGCUCCGCCCCCUGCCCCGCCCACGCUACCACCGCCCUCCAAGGCCCCGCCCGCGGACCACGCCCCCCGCCUGCAGCUCGCCAGGCUUAAUCAGCAAAUAAACAAACGGAAACGGAAGAGUGGCGAGAGGCAGCAAGGGCAGUUGCAGCAGCUCCUCCUGUGAGUAAUCCGGAAGCUGGAGCAGCAGAAGCGUGGAUCCUCAUCCAUCCGGCGGCUGAGCGAUGCAGUAUAGGCCACCAUGGGUUCACAGACCUUGGAGAUUCUGCGCCAGGGCGUGUGGGCCUCGCUGACCGGCGGCUACUUCUACGAUCCGCACCAGGGUGUCUUCUGCAACGUGGUGCACCUUUACCUGUGGCUCUACCUGCUCUGCUCGCCCUUUGUGGCCUACCUGUACUUUCCGAGCACUUGGUUGACAUGGUGCCUGUACUGCGUGAUAACCAGCUUGACCAUUCUGAUGGUGAAGCUGGCCAAUCUGGCGCUUCACCGGCUCUACGAUCGCGCCCAGACCAUGUCCGAAGUAAAUCUCAAGGGGCAGUUCUUCAAGGUCACCAAGGAGACGGAGCCGCGCCAUGACGACGAGGGCGGGAUCGAGAUGAAGGUCAUCCGACCGGGCGGCUCGCGCAUUUCCGUCGAGCAGGCCAUUAAUGAGGCCAGCGAGGAGAACAGCAUCAUGUCCAUCGACAACGUGAACAGCAUAAUUGAUCUUAAGGUCGAUGUGCAUCGCAAGAACAGCUCCGAGUCGAUUGAACUGAGGUUCUACGACCCAUCCAUGCUGUCUGGCGGCAGUCAGCAGGAUCAGCAAUCGCUGGCCGGUUCUGCCAGCGUCAGCAAGUCCAUCCGGAGCACGGGGCCGGGCGGAAACUCCUCCACCAGUGCCGCUGCUCAGGCGGAUCUGUUCAACAAGUACCUCACCGUCUAUCCGGAGGUCGUCGAGGCGGCUGGGAGCAGUGCGGGCAGCGCCGAUGGCGGCAGUAGCGGUGGCGACAGCCGAUCAGGCGGAGCAGUGGGUGCACUGGGACCUGCGGGAGCGGGAACAGCACCCGUUCAGCAUGUCCGUACGGGCCAUCUGUCGCGCAAGUGCUCCGAGGUCUUUAGCCGCCGCCAUCGACGACGUCUGGAGCGCCAGAGUAGCUUGGACACAGCGGCAGCCGCUGCUAACUCCAGCGUGGAGCACAAGCUGAUGCGCAACCAGUCGGACACGAUAGCCACGGCGGCGCCCUCGUUCCUUCACUCCCAGCCGACAAACAAGGCGCGCGGUCAGGUCAAUCCGCGCCAGCACUUCAUAGCCAGCACCCCGUCGGCGGGAAUAGGCGGGGGAGAUGCAGCGUCUUCAUCCACCGCCGUCGUUGUCAUUGCCCCCGCCUCGAAUUCCUCUACAAAUCCCGGACGCUCCUCGCGCUUGCAGCGCCACAGAAGCUCGGAGACGCACGACGAGCGAUUGAAGCACCAGAGUCGCGGCGGCCUCUUCCAGCCUAUACUGCAACUUCCACACCACAGUGCAGCCAGUAGCAUCGGAGCGCUGGCUGUGAUCGGCGGAGGAGGCAGUGGCGCCGCUAACGAUGUGGAGGACAUGGAACUGGGCCUGACCAGGAAUGCGGGCAGCGGCGGAGUGGCUGACGCUUGCAGCCGGGCCCUACAGUCCUGGAUAUUAGAUCCCUUUCCAGACGUGUACCUGGAGGACGAUAGCUACACCAAAUCAGAUCUGGGCAUCGAACAGCCGCACCAGCCGACUUUCCGCGCCCAGCAUCAUCAUCAUCACCACCACCACCACCACCUGCAUCAUCACCUGGGCGGUGCGAUCAUCCGCAAGGAUCCUACCAGCACAAUGUCUGCACUUCAGCUGGCGGGAGGCGCCCCGCCGGGAACGGGGGGACCGGGAACAAGCGGAAGUGGAGCAGCAGGAGGAGGUGGCUCUGCUACCGGGAUGAAGCGACGCAGACAUUCCAACGCCACCAGCUACAAGCAUAGCUCGGCUCAGGGCAACAAAUCCUCUCUGGUGGGCGGAGUAGGCGGACGAGGCCAGGCCGGUGAAACAGGUACAUCAGGAGGAAGUGGAGGAGCUGGCGGAGUAAGGCGCAUCAAGAGCGCAGCCUUGGAGGUUCUUUGCCCGCAGCCCUCGGUGUCCAAUCUCAGCCCGCAUCCGAACAGCGUGGAGGCCAUCUCGGGCCAACAGCAGAUGCGGAAUCCCCUGCCACCUCCCAGCAAGAGUUUGGUGCGAAACCAGCACCUUAAUCUGUAUCCCACUCAAAGCUUUGGCGAAUCAAAUCCAGCGGCCGGAGGAGGUGCGCCUGGCAACGGUAGCACCUGCAGCAGUCUCUUUUUCGGUAGCUCCAGCGCUUGCGGCUCCACAACGGCGCUGAUUGAGCCUCCAGUGUACCCAAUAGUGGAGCAUUGUGAUGAGAAGACAGCGCACGAGGAACACGAAGACGUUUCCUUGGGAAUUGGUCAAGGUAACGCCGACGAUGACGACGAGGUGGACGACGUCCCGAUCCGCAGGAGAACACGAGCCUUGGGCUGCAGCCAAACGCACUACAGUGUCGAGUCGGAUGUGGGCGGUUUGCUGGCGGACGACGAUGCCGCUGAUGCGGAUGUGUUCAAAGAUUUCGACGACAACUUGGAGCAUAUCCUUAGCGAGCUGCAGCAGACGCACAACCAGCUGGAUGACGACCUAAAAACCCACGAUCUCCAUCAUCAGUCGCUUUUGCACCACCAGCAUCAUAAAGGGGCACCAGUGGAGGGCGCGGGGUCGUCAGCUGGAGCCGUGGCAGUAGGAAUGAGUGGCGGAAAUGAUGAGGAAGACGAGGAGACGGAGGAUAACAACACGGGAUCGCGGUCACCACUGCUCAGCGAUCGCAAUCGCCAGCAGGUGACUCUGAGAGAGAUCCAGGCGGACAAACAACUACGUCAGGAGCUGUCACACCAAACUGGGGCAGUAAUCCCAGCUCCCAUUGCUCCCGCUCCCAUUCGCAGCGAGGCGGAUUCCGGCUGCCCGUCCAGCGAUUGCGAGCAAGUGAGCGCGAGCUCCAAGGAUCAACUGCUGGCGGGUAUGGAGUCUGAACAGCAGCUGCAUCAGCAGCCGCCGAGGUGUCAACUAGACGAGGAACAGCCUUGCACCUCAAAAAUGGCAGCCAAGAACCUGGGAGCCAUUCCAAAGGUGGUCAAGUACCGAGAAGUGGACGAACUAAGGCGAAGGCGGAGGGGAGGCUCCCCGGCGGAUGCGACCGAGGUAGGCAACGAGUUUGCCCUGGUCAAACAGACCAAGCUAGCGUCGCGCAACUCCUCCUCCUCAAAUUCGACGCACAGCAUCAGCCUGACCGACAGCUUAACGGCCGAUAUCCAUAAGAUGCUCUGGCUGAUGCACGGCGGAGCUGUGGACGAUCGGGGCCGACCCAUUACUGGCAUCUCGGCGGACGGCACUCCUAUCCCCGCAAGUAGCAGCCUCGUUCCGCCGAACAUGUCCAACGCACACUUCCAGUUCUACCAGGAUGCCAUUCAAGCGCUCCAGGGUGCCCAUCCCACUUCCGGUUCCAGUGUGGAACACAUGACGAACAUUGAGCGAGCGUUAGCCAGGGAUAAACUGCGUCUGGAUGCCAAGUUGAUGUGUGAGCAGCUAGCAGCGGCUGCGGAGGCCAACUCCGGAGUCCGGGGAACCACGCUCGCGACCCAGCAGAUGACGCAACAGCAGGUGGGUAUGCUCAUGCGCGGAAGCUCCAGCUCGCGGCAUCCAUCCAACGCCCCAUUUUCGGUCCAAGGGCUGAUCAAUGUGAUCCGCAAUGAGCGCCAGGUGGCGCGCAGCCAGUUGGACGCUCUGCAGCAACUCAGCGAUGCGGCAGCGGCAGUAGCGGCAAACGCCAGUGAAGCUGCGUCCGUCUCAGCAUCCGGAGCUGGAGGCGGAACAUCAAGUGGUGGAGGAGGUGUUUUAAGCGCCCUGGGGCUGGCCAAUCAUCCCAGCAACCAGAUUAGCCAAAUCAGUCAGAUCAGCCAGAUGAGCCAACCCAUGCUGAAUGUAGACGGUCAUUUUGCACCCUACUGCGACUACUGGAGGCCAGCGUGCCUUCUAUCCGCGGCGGAGAAGCCAGCGGCUCCAAAGAGUUUCUACAAGUACCGGUUCAAGUGGUGCGGUCAGGAGCACGAGUUCAAGAUCGCCAUGGACCGGCUGGAGCUUCUGGCCCUCUUCGACCGGGAUCUUCACUGGAUGCACGUGCUCUUGGCCAGUCUGCUGUGUACCAUGGUGGCUUGCUUGGGAGCGGCGAUCCUACAGCACGACCACUACAAGGAUCUGUGUGCUCUGCUCUUCUGCGCGGUGAUUGCGGGAGCUCAGUAUUCGCUGGUGAAGAGUGUGCAGCCGGACGCAGCGUCGCCAGUUCAUGGAUUUAACAAGACGGUGGCCUACUCGCGGGCUAUAUACUUCUGCCUGGGUGGGGGCAUGUUGCUACUUCUCAAGCGCUUGGAUACGGACUACGGGGAACGGCCACCUGACCCCGUAGUCUUCUUUGGCAUGCGCUACUCGCCCGCCGACGUGGUGGCCCUCCUGCUGCACGCGCUCUACAUCCUGCUGCUGUGCUUUCCCAUCAUCUUCUCGGUGGGACUGUGUCCGCAGAUCAACACGUUCCUUAUGUACCUGCUGGAGCAGAUUGACAUGCAUAUCUUUGGCGGAAAUGCUGCUAGCAGUCUGCUCGGCUCUUUUUUGUGCGUGGUGCGGUCGGUGCUUGCCGUGAUGCUGCUGUACGGACCUCUAUAUGGAGCAUUGGACGAGCAACGCGGCACGCAGUAUAUCCUGUUCUCCAUCUUCUGCGCCAUGCUUGUGCCCCUGGGCUACCACCUGUCCCGUUGUGCCAGCGACUUCAGCCACUUGUGGCGGCUGAUCAAGACGUGCAUUGUGAGCACGUACCGGGACGACGAAGAUGAGGAUCUUAGUCAAGUGCAACAGGUGGCGGCAGUCGGGGCAGUUACAGGAACAGGAACUGGCAAUAGCACUGCCCUCCAGUUGGCCACCAGCACACCGAAGCAGCGUCGGCAGACGGAUUCGAAGACGGAGCAGGAGCAGAUCGAGCUAAGCUCGCUGGAAAAACUAACCGCCAACGAGGAGCAGCAGGAAAGAGAGCACGGAACAGAUGAUCAACUAGAGGCUGAGCAGGAUUUGCCCCUGCAACAGAAGCACAGCAAGUCGAAGGCUUCGUCGUUGGGUAGUAGUCAGCAAACUCUGGCCAAGACCAUCAGCAGCAGCAAGAGAGCAAUCACGGCCUCCAGUUCGUGUACCUCCAUUGGAGCAGCUGCUGAAGCCGGAGUGGUGGCCGGAGAGGCGGCGGAGGGUGAGGAUCAGCGGGGAGAUGUGCUGGCCAGCGAGGAGGCGAGCAAGCACGAAUUGGCAGAGGCCUAUGAACAAGCAGCAAAAGCCGAUGAGACCGAGGACAAGAUCUCCAGCUCAUCUGCCACUAAUCCCGGGGACAUGUCCACGCUGACAGCGGGAGCGGGCACAGCCACCACGGAUGCUACUCCUGCAUGCCUGGAGGCAGACCCGGACGCCGAAGGAGAAGCGCCUGCUGACGAAAAACAACAGCAGGGAAAUCUGGGAACGGGAACUGGAACCACCGAAGCCAGUGAAAACAGCAGUGGUGGCGGCGUCAAUGGAAACGCCAAUGGAAAUGGGACUGGCAAUGACCUUCCCGAUCCACUCCCACGAAAACUGCAGGCCACAGUGACCACUCGGCUGAAGAACGACCUGGUGGUGAUGACCCUGCUGGCGGUCAGCGUACUGGGGCUGCACUGCAGCACCGUUUUUACCGCCCUGCAGCCGGACCUUAACGUGGUGCUGUACUCGUUCAUCGGCGUACUCGGACUCCUGCUACACUACAUCGUGCCCCAGAUGAGGAAGCAUAUGCCCUGGCUUUGCUUCGCUCGACCACUGCUCCGGCAGCGUGAGUUCGGCCAGUUCGAGGUGCUCAACGCCCCCAAGAUCAUGUGGUUUGAAAAGCUAUACAUUUACCUAAGUGUUCUGGAACGGAACGUGCUCUUUCCGCUGCUGGCCAUCUCCUCGCUAACGGCGGACUCCCAGCUGAUUGUCGCUAAGUUUGGAUUGCCCUGGGGUACCCUCAUUGUGGCCAUCUGCGCUCUAAAGUUUGUGAGGAACGCUUACUCGGAUCCGACCAACCAGUACCUGAUCAUCAUUUUUACGGUUUUGUUAUUUCGCAUCGAUUUUUCCAUGGCCACGGAGACCUUCAUCAUUGACUACUUCUUUGUGUCUCUGGCCUUCCGCAAGUGCUGUGACUUCCUGCUGAAGCUGCAAUUCAUUGUGACCUAUAUUGCUCCUUGGCAAAUCACCUGGGGCUCCGCCUUUCACGCCUUCGCCCAGCCGUUCAGUGUGCCCCACUCGGCGAUGCUGUUCCUGCAGGCGGGCAUCUCCGCCUUGCUUUCCACCCCGCUGAAUCCCUUUCUGGGCAGCGCCAUCUUCCUCACAUCGUACGUGCGUCCCAUAAAGUUCUGGGAGCGGGACUACAACACGCGUCGCAUAGACCACUCUAAUACGCGGCUUAGCUCCCAGCUGGAGCGGGAUUUGGGAGCAGAUGACAACAACCUCAACAGCAUCUUCUAUGAGCACUUGACGCGAUCUCUGCAGCACUCGCUGUGCGGGGAUCUCCUGAUGGGUCGCUGGGGAAACGUCAACCAGGGAGAUUGCUUUGUUCUUGCCUCCGACGAUCUCAACUGUUUGGUGCACAUCAUUGAGCUGGGCAACGGAUUGUGCACAUUCCAGAUGCGUGGCUUGGAAUUCCGAGGCACCUACUGCCAGCAACGCGAAGUGGAGGCCAUCACCGAGGACGUGGAGGACAACGACGGCUGCUGCUGCUGCGAUCCGGGGCACCUGCCGCGCCUGCUCAGCGCCAACGCCAUGUUCUCCACCCGCUGGCUGGCCUGGCAGGUGGUCGCUGCCCAGUACGUCAUAGAGGGCUACUCCAUUUCCGACAAUUUGGCCAGUGCCACGCUGCAGGUGUUCGAGUACCGCAAGGUGCUCAUCACCUACUACAUCAAGAGCAUCAUUUAUUAUGUGGUGAAGAACCCCAAGCUGGAGCAAUGGCUGGCCUCCGGUCCCAUUCAGGACGCCCUGCAGCACACACUGAGCCGCCAGUUCGUCGACCUGGAUCCCAUUUUUAACUUCAAUUUGGACGAGGACUUUGACUUCCGGGCGGUGGGUAUCACGCGCUCCAGUUUCUGCUAUGUGUACCUCAAAUGGAUCAACUACUGCGUGGAUAUGCGUCGGGAUGCUGCCUCAAUGGGAACUGCACCACCUGCGCCAGCAUCAGCAGCGGCUGGAGGAGCAUCCUCUGCCCCGGCAUCGGCGGCAGCUGCUCCGCCGCCACCGGUCACGCCCGCCCACAAUGAUUCGAAGAGCACGCCCAAUCUUUCGGCGCACGGCGGAUCGUCGGGGUCGGCUUCGGGUCAGUCAAAAUCGCAGUCGCAGCAACAGUUGCGCCGCCCGCAGAAGACUGUUGCCCAGGAAAGCAGCGGAGGAGGAGUGAGUGCCGGAGCAGGUGCUGCCACUGGCCCUGGAGGAGGGCCGGGCACCGUUGGCGGAGACCCGCAGUUGAGCAGCUCCCAUAGCUUUGCCAAUAUAUCCCGUCAAACGUCGGAAAGUGCUCCCGGACUGGGUGGCUAUGUGACCUAUAUGGAUCAAAACGUAUUCGUCAAGCUGGCCAAGAGUAGCACCGCCACCGGAGCGGGAGCACCAGCGAGCCGGAAGGAAAGCCAGGAAAAACCUGCACUUCGCCUGAAACUGGCCAGCGUGGGCAAGGAUGCACCGCUGGUCUCCCUCUGCCUGGCCUUGGGCCUUCUGGCCAGGCGAUCACUGGCCACUGCCUCGCACAGUUCGUUGACCGGUGUGGAGUUCUUCUUGCACGGUCUACAUGCCCUGUUUAAAGGGGAUUUCCGGAUCACUUCACCGCGCGAUGAAUGGGUCUUCGCGGACAUGGAACUGCUUCAUUCCGUGGUGGCACCGGCUGUUAAAAUGGCCCUUAAACUGCAGCAGGACCACAUUACCAAUCCCGAUGAGUUCCUAGAUCCCCAUGCCCUGUACGAUGCCAUCGACAACUGUUCGAAUGAGCUGGUCAUUUCGCAUGAGGCCGAUCCCGUCUGGCGAAGCGCCGUACUGCGAGGUGCACCCAAUCUGCUAGCCUUGCGGCACGUGAUGGAGGAUGGCUCGGAUGAGUAUCGCAUUAUUCGCCUCACGAAGCGAUGUCUGAGCUUCCGGGUGAUUAAGCUGAAUCGGGAGUGCGUCCGUGGCUUGUGGGCUGGCCAGCAGCAGGAGCUGAUUUACCUGCGGAAUCGAAACCCGGAGCGCGGGAGCAUCCAGAAUGCCAAGCAGGCACUCCGCAAUAUCAUCAACUCCAGCUGCGAUCAGCCGAUUGGGUAUCCCAUCUACGUUUCUCCACUCACCACCUCCUAUGCAGAUACGAAUGCCCAGCUGUGCGAGGUGAUUGGAGGCGCCAUCACACUGGACACCAUACGGCACACAGUGCUCGGCUGGUGGCACCGUAUUCGCGAGCGCUGUCGCCAAGGCUGCAGCUCUGGAUCUGCUCUGGAGCCGCAUCCGGGAUCGGGCCCCGUUCAGCUGGGUGCCUGUAACUUUGGAAGCGGUGGCAGCGUCGUGGGAGCCGCCUCUACAGCCACGGGAGUGGGUGCCUCGGCUGGAUCUGGUCUGGGAGUGGUCGCUCCCGGCACCGCCAGUAGCACGGGCGGUGAAUCCGGUGAUUUAGCGCCCGUCUUCAUCUCUGCUCCGCUCUACAACACCCUCACCGUAAACAAUUACUAUAACGUGCGCCCGGGUAAUGUUCCCGGAGGUGCCAUCCCUGCCAAUCUGGGCGGGAGUUAUGUGAGCGACAGUUUGGCGGUGGUGCGUGGCGGUCUGGCUGUGAUGCCAGUGAAACCCACCUCCACAACUCUGAUUGCCGGACUGCUCAACAGAGAACGCGAUCAGGAAACUUCCGGAUCCGGAGUUGGAGGAGCAGGAGCCAGUGGGGCCACCAGAGCCACAAGUAGUAGCGGGGUGCGAAGUCGGAGACCGGCUGAGGUCGGCAGCAGUCGUGGCAGAGAUCACGAGCGCCGGGCCACUUUGCCUAUUGCUAGCGGUGGAGCGGGCGGAGAGACUGGGAAGGAUCCGGCCACGCCUCAAACUCAGGUAGAACAUGAACCAAGUCCGCGCAGCACAAAGCUUUCCUCUUCAUCGGGCAGUUUGGGUCUUGGUAUGGGCGUGGGCCUCGGCAACAUCAUUACCACGCCAGGCGACUAUCCACGGAAGACCAAGGGACCGAUUUGCCUUACCGCCGUCGAAACGGGAACGAGUGCAUCAGUGGCAGAAGGAAAGCCCGCUGGAUCGGGAACGGUAACAGGAACUGGAGGUGGUGGAAUCAUUAGAAAGCCGCGCAUUGAGAUAUUCAAGAAGGUCAUCAUAGUGGACGACACGGGGAUCUACGACUGCCUGGACAUCAUUGAUGCCGUUGUGUGGCCCACAGAACGAAUGCGCAACAAUGGCGGCAGGCUGUCCUGGAAGGACUGGGAGCCGAGUGCCGGCAUGGUAGGCCAUGUGGUCCACUGCUGGACGCCCAAUCACAAGGACAUGCGCUUCCGUUCGCACGUCAACCGCUAUGUCUAUCUGGUGGAGAUCGGUGACCACUACGUGCCCGUGGAGGAACUGGGCCUGAGGGAAUACAACCAGAUAAUGGGCAGCACCGAGGAGAUGGCCAACUCGCGGCGCAGCUCCAUCCAAAGAGAUUUCCACGAGUACAAAAUUCAGCUCAAUCUGGGGGGCCUUCCGAUGAUCAGACCGUCGACAACCAGCGAAGCUUCCAAAUCCCACAAGGCCAAGAUCCGAGCGGUGAGCAGCAGCAGUUCCGAGGACGAGGAUACGUCGUCCACGCGUUCCAUACCAUUGCCACAUGACGAUCCUGGCGACCUGACGAACUUCACCAGGCUGGUGAGCAUGUGGAAGGAGAUAAUAUUGGACAAUAACAAGCGGCGCCUCUAUGACAUGGGUGAGUUGUCGCCAGAGCUGCUUCAAAAACUGGAUGAUGCCGUUCAGCAGCAGCAGCAGCAAGAUGCGCCCGCUAAGGAGACAGAGGAGGUCACAGCCACAGCCAUAGUCACAGUCACUGCCAAUGAAGGUGAAGAAGGGGCAAGGGAAGUAGAAAAGGAACCCGAGCUGGAGGAUAAAGCAGAUACGGGUUCCGAUGAGCACACACAACUGGAAGAGGUAACCGUUUCCAAUCCCGAGGAGCAGCCAGCUCCACCACCAACACCUCCUUCUAGCCCUGCUACUGCCGAAGCCAGCUUCGCUUCCAGUGCCAAUUCCCCAAGUCCCGCCUCUCUUAGCCAGGAGGAGGGGACAGUCGAUCCAGACAAUACCGCCGCUGUAUUGGCGUCUAAGGAGCCACCAAGCGAUGGGAAUGAUGACAGCGAGACGGGGACAACGGUCUAAGGAGAUGACGAUGGACCUGCCUUCACAUAGAUUUGCAUUUGUUUGCCAAGCAAACACCCCAAAGGCAUGGAUGGCAUCACACCCAGGUGGACAUGGACAUGGACAUGGACACAACCUUGUAAUACAUAUCAGCAAAAAGCAUAAUAAUGGAGAUAGAGAUUACAGAGAGCAGACGACCCUGCUCCGGGCUUCCGCAUUAUGCCGCAUUGUGCCCAUAUCCAAACCUACCUAUCCUGGCCAGAAACAACCAUACAAACAACAACAAAUGAGAACACUUCCAAGAAAUCAAAGUAAAGUUUAUAAAACGACUGCGUUUAGUGUACGUAUAGGGAUUAGGAGCAAACUACAAUAAUUCAGACAAAAACAAACAAACAACAAAAAAACAAAGAAUUCAAUUUUUAGUAUUAAUGAAAAGUUAUAGAUUAUACUCAGUAUAUAGGAAAAAGAGCGCAAAUCGAGAGCAGGAUUUUGGACAGGAGAUCGAUCAUAAGUUAAAUAUAUAACUAAUUGUUGUAACUUGCAAAUUGUAUAAUACGGAAACGGAAAACCAAAUGCUUCUCAAACAUUACCUAUUUUGUUCUUUCUCCUCUUGCUAGCCAAUACAGAAAUAUUAAGCAAACCUAAAGAAUUUAUAAAUGUAUAUUUAACGGAAAUUAGUUUAAAGUUAAAGUUAACGAGACCCACACACCACACACCACACACACAGACACAAAACAUACCAAAAUUGAUUGUUAAAGAGUACACAAAUUAUACAAAAAUCCCGCAUAAAAUUAGCCUAAGCGAUAAGCGAACUUCGGACAGGAUUCAAGUUACAAAACUAAGAUAUUACACACAAUUCCUAGAUGAUUAAGAGGAUGAGGAUAAGGAUGUGGACGAGGAUGAAGUGGAAUGACGACAUGUAAAGCUCUCACGUUGCCUUAAUAUAUUAGACUGAUUUUUUCUACACACACAUUUGUAGACGUAUGGAGGAUGACAUUCGAGGAGUCCCAGCCAAUAGCCUGGGGAGGAGGAGCUGCAGCAAACGGAGUCCUAAUCCCAAUCCCAACUAGCGAUUUACAUGUACAUAUAGGGAGGAGCGAAGCUAAGCGAACAAAGCUACAGUUUGUCGGCCAAUCCGAAUCCGAUCGUUCCGUUCCGUUCGUUCGAUGCGUAUAUAACCGAGGCAUAUACCCACUAUAUAGCCACAUGCCCAAUUAGCCAAAUCUCUCAUUAACUCAAAUGUAAAUGCUAAUUUCUUACCACCAGCAGAAGGAUUAACUUACAAUUAAUUACCAGGAGAGAAAAACCAACAGACAACAAACAAAAAAUACAAAAUACAAUGAAUAUUGA